UGGUCUGCUGGUGGCACCGUGUCUCGCGUGACGCUGCUGGGGGAGGGAGCGAGACUCCUCGAACAAGCUGCCCCGCAUAGCAUAUUUGUUUACUAGCGGAACGCUUGAUUAGUUUAACACGUUUAAUAUCGACGGCAGGUGCUUAACGUGGGACUUCAAAUGCCCGACGCGAACAGCAAAUCCGCUGGGCCUGGUACUCGCUAAGCGAAAAUUGUCAUCGAGUGAUUUAUCUCGCGUUUGUUCGUUCGACUUCAGCGUGUACUGCCACUGACCUAGCGGCGCGUUUGUGAAACGGACGAAUCAAACUUGUUUGCGGGGUUGUUUUGGAUGCCUGGUCGUUUGUUUUUGGAAUAUGGCUCAGCAUAGACACCACCAUGUUGCGAGUUCCCAAAAGGCUUUAAUGCUGGAGCUAAAAAGUCUUCAGGACGAGCCGGUUGAAGGCUUUAAAAUAACUUUAGUCGAUGAGUCGGACUUGUACAACUGGGAAGUCGCGAUUUUUGGACCCCCCAACACGCACUAUGAGGGGGGGUAUUUUAAGGCACGCAUCAAAUUCCCCAUUGACUACCCGUACUCGCCUCCUGCCUUCAGAUUCCUCACCAAGAUGUGGCAUCCCAACAUCUAUGAGAAUGGCGACGUAUGUAUUUCCAUCCUGCACCCGCCAGUGGACGAUCCCCAGAGUGGAGAACUGCCAUCAGAGAGGUGGAACCCAACACAGAAUGUGAGAACGAUCUUAUUGAGCGUUAUCUCACUGUUGAAUGAGCCCAACACCUUCUCGCCAGCCAACGUGGACGCCUCUGUCAUGUACCGCAAAUGGAGGGACAGUAAGGGGAAAGACCGCGAAUAUGCAGAGAUCAUCAGGAAGCAGGUUUUAGCCACCAAAGCCGAAGCAGAACGGGACGGGGUCAAAGUGCCCACCACACUGGCGGAAUACUGCAUCCGUACCCGCGCCCCACCUGCCGACGAGGGCACCACCUUAUUCUACGAUGACUACUACGAUGAUGAGGAUUUAGACGACGACGAUGAAGAGGAAGGUGAGGACUGUCGCUAUGAUGAAGAUGACUCUGGGACGGAGGACUCUUGACGACCCGAGCUUUCCGAACUCUUCACUUCUGGUUUCCAUUUGGUUUUAAAUCAAGGAAAAGGAAUAUUUUUCUGUUUGAAGAUCCUGAGGUCCCCAACGUCACAAAGGGCAAGAGGUCAUUGAUCCCGAUGAACUGUUUUUGUACUUCUGUUCGAACGGCAACUAACAGUUGCAGUCAACUCUAAACCCAGACGCUUUGAGGGUUUGUUUUUUAUUUCUUACAUUUUGUUUUGUCUGGUUUUUUGGGGGGCAGGUUUGGUUCAACCAAUCAGUGCGAAACAGUCCAGCUCAUGUUUAUUUGGUCCUUGAUAAACAACUAACUUGCCUUUCAAAGGCACCUGAUCUCAGGUUUUCCAUUUCUGUGAUUUAACAGUAUUGGCGUCUUGAGUGGUGGGGGGGAGGGGGAGGAAAGUAGCUAAUACACAUUCUCAGGGCUACUUCUCUUUCUUACACCACAAUGCAUUAUAUUGUGCUUCUGUAGCCAAGGACUGAACAAGCUUCUUCGAUAAAUGUUCUCCAGAAGAGGAUUUCUACAAGGCGUUUGGUAAAUUGAUGCAUCGCAUACAGUUCACACCAUUCUAAGCUUGGUUUCCUUUGGGACUUCAAUAGGUGUCAUUUUACCCACAAACAAACCUGUCUUUAUGUGUGUUUUGUUUUCGAUUUUAUGGGGUUGCGAGGUAGUUUGAAUCUUGAGUUUGAUUCUGCGCUAUAUUUAGCUACUCUUUGACAUUUGAGGGUAUUUUAGUUUUGUUAUUCUGUAUAUCCUUAUUCAUUUUAAAGCUUUGUGGUGACUUUAUUUGGAACCUAAAAUCCUCCUCAGGAAAACAUUGGUGUGUUUGUGGCUCACCUUUUGACCCCAACAGACUCUCUAAACCCGCUCAGCUGAUUUAUAUGCACAAAGGGGUAUUUUAGGCCACUUUCCCUUCUUGUUUGUACUUUUUUCUUUUUGGUAUGCUUUGUAAAUCUAUUUAAAGUCUGAAUAAAGGUCUUUAUUAGAAUUGCUGUAAUUCAAUUGUUGAUGAAUAAACAAAUAAUAAAAUCCAA